AUGCGCUGGUGGACGCUCUUGGCGCUGGCGCCGGUGGUCCUCGGCGACGCGCCGCUCGCAGCGUACCUCGAGGCGCGCGCCAACGACAGCCUCCUCUGCGUCUAUCUCUUCAACGCAUCCGCACCGUUCACGUCGCUGCUGGCGGACUGCCC